AUGCUAUUAAACGGAUUUACACUUGAUGUUCUAAUAAACAACCAAAUAUUGAAAGAAUAUAGUCUACCGAAAAAUGAAAAUUCUACAACUGGACCAUCUUAUACAUUGGAUGAAGUGACGCAACAAAAAAAUUAUAGUGUCGUUGAAACAUACGUUGCCGUUAAAGAUUUAAAUUAUUCCGUUAGAUUUUCUUCUACAAAUGCAUCCAUUUGGGCUCCUUUAAUGGCUUAUGUUUUCGUUGAUGGCGAAUAUGAUUACACUUAUCGAGAACUUUCAAAUCCUUCACCUCGAACAAAGGAUAGUUUUUGGAACAAUACACUUACUAAGAAAUAUUAUUUCAAAUUUAGACUUCCCCCAUCAUCGGAAAUGGAAACUUUAGAGUUUCCCCUCCAGAGAAAGCAAUUUGGUGGUUUAGGUGCCAUUUCAAUUUAUUUUUAUAAGGGAAAGAUGAUACCUGAAAAGCCAGUUUUUAUACCCAAUUUUCCAAUAAAUCAAGUACAAGUAUCCGAAUCAAAAUCCAGUAAGCUUGGUAUUAAAUUUACUACGGCGUUUGAAGAAGGUGAAGGAUAUUUUAAUCAACAAGCCGUUGCGACAAUGGAAAAACAAAGUGAGGAUCCGGUGGCAGUAUUACAUCUUCAUUAUCGUCCCGCUACUUGGCUUUAUCUCAGAGGUUGUGAUAUACCUGUGUCGGAACUGCCAAAUCAACUUUCUCCAGCUGUUUCCGAAGACGUGAAACCUUAUUCUUUUGAGAUUAAUGAAGGAGGUUCUCAGAAUACCUCUGCCAGAAAGUCAAAGUAUAACAUUAUUAGGACUUCGGUUGUUCAUUCGAAUAAGGUAAUCGAGAUCGAUGAUGAAGAAAAUAAGAUAUCAAUAAAAACUGAACCUGAGGUCAUAGAUCUAGAUAAUUAUAAACCAAAAAAUACUAAACGAACUUAUAAGAAAGAAGUUGAAGUCAUUGAGUUGUUAGAUUCUGAUGAAGAAGAACUCCCUUCCAAGGUUAUUCGAAUUGAUUAA